CCGUAACUAAGGAUUGAACGGAUUUGAUCCUUAGCGACGUGUCAUAACCUGAGUGGUCCGGUCGGUUUUCGUCUUUGCUCUAUCAAAAAAAAAAAAAAACAUUUGCGACCGAAGCCGAGAAAAAAAAAUAGCUCUCGACGAAAGGCGAUUUUUGGCGAUUUCGAUCCGUCCCGAGACCAAGGUUUACGAAGAAUGGGACAAGAUUAUUCAUACAGCCAGUCUUCUUCAUCAGAUGAGUACGACAUAACCUCACUUAUUCAAGCUGAAGCUGAACUGUACGGGGAUGAAGCUGAGAGUAACUACCAUAUUGCUGAGCCGCUUCAAUACCAACCUCAACCCGAGUGUGAUGAAGGAAUCCCGAGGAUAUGCUACUGUGGUGGUGACCCUGUUGUUGCAAUAUCUUCCACGGCUAAAGAUCCAGGGAGAAGGUACUUCACCUGCCGAAAUGUCGAUGAUGGGGACUGCCACAUUUGGAAAUGGUGGGACGUGGCUAUUACGGAGGAGAUGCGUGAGUUUCAGACACAACUUAGGCAGCUUAAGGAUCAAGGUUUUGAGUGUGAGCAGAAGCUGGUAAAGCUACAGAAGAUUGUCUGUGAGUUAUCUAAGAAAAAAUCGGGGCUUAAUACAAAUGCCUUUGCAAUGGAAGUUUGUCUAGUGGUCUCUGCAGUAGUUUUUUUAGGUUUGGCGGUCAUGUAUAUGUCUUGUAAGUUACUCUCUUGUGCUUUUGGGUUGGUCUUUAUGCAUUUUUGUUAAAAAAAAUUGUGACUGUUUGAUCUCAUGUUGUUACAGGAAGAGCUUCAAAGAAGUAAAAGCGACAUGCCUACAAAUAUCGCUAAUAUGCUCGGCAUUCGGGAAGAUGUUCACGAUAAGCGUUUACAUCAACGAUUGAAAAAUGAUUUAAUUGAAAAUAUUUGGAACAAAUUUGGUGAUUGAAAAAUAAUAAAUAUUUUAUCUUUUUAUUUAAUCAUGGAAUAAAUAAAAAUAAAAUUUUCACUUUUAAAAAAAUAAAUUAUUUUUUUAUUCCUAUGGACUUUAAAUUGAAGUACACCAUUAGACAUAACAAAAGUAUGAAGAUCCUUAACUAUUCAAAAAAAAAUUAGUUUUAUGUUGCUAAAGACUCAAUUAAGAGUAACACCAUUGCAGGUGCCCUACGGCAGUUUUUAAUGGGUUUUCAUGAGUUUUUUAUGUGUUUUUUUUGGUCUUCUAAAGAUUAAAAGAAAACGUUUGAAAUACAGCGGAACGAGACAUAAGUCGGCAAAGGUACGUACAAACAACUAAAGUGGUAGAAAUAGUGAAUGUUUAUAAUUAAAAUUUUCAAAAAGAGAGUCUAAACUAAAAUGUAGAGAAAAAAAUAUCGAAUAAGCAAACUCCAUAUAAUACAAAUCUGAAUGCAAGCAUAGAUAACACUUGUGAACUAAUAUCUUGUCUAUAUAAGUGGGGUCUUAAAUUUUGAUUUAAAGGCAGGGGGCUUAGAGCAUGAUUAAUGGAAGUGCUUAGAGGGAAGUGUUUAUCAAAAAAAUAAUAUAAUAGUGGAUAGAAUCCACACAAAAACUAAACACAUGUGCUUAUUGUGCUUAUUGUGCUUAAUUAAGCACCGGUGCUAACACUGUUUCGCGGGGUGCUAGGGUUAGUGGUGCUCCUAAGGCUCUUGUGUUUUUUUUCUCAGGAGGCACGGCUCGCUUGCAGGUUUAGAUUAAUUUCCGUUUAAGUUGUUUAUGUUUGUUUCUGUUUUGGUAUUUGAUUACCAUUACUAUUUGACUUAGGGUUGUAACUUGUAAGGUUAUUCCUCAAGUUCUAUAUGAAUAAAAUUUAGAUGACCAAAAAUGCCUUCUCACUAACUGUUUAUUCUUUCUUUUCAGUUUGUAAAAAUCUUUACCAGGUGGAUAUAUACAUCCUGACCUGCCAACUCCUCCAGAGAGUCUACAAGCUUAAGCCUGACUCAGAGGUUCUUAACAAAGUGAAAGCCUCUCUCGCGGCUAGGACAACGCAUACGAUGCGUUUUGUCAACAAUUGUCUCACCUUGUCAUGCAUUUGUCCCUCCCGAUUUUUUUUUAAUGUUUCUUUCUUCAAAAUCAUCGACACUAGCAAGACGAUGUUUCAGAGGCAACUCUAGGUUUGUACAUAUAAGGGUUAGUGGGUUAAUGCAUAGUGUAUACUUGCGUAUGAUCUAAAUAGUAACGACAGUUUAGUUUGGAAAUGGAUUAACUUUGACAAAUUAACGGCUAUGAGAUAAUGAUUAGGGGUAACUUGACUGACCGGAUUGAUAGGGAAAAAAAUGGACAGAAACGAAUAUAAUGAAAUGAAUUUCUUAAUUAAGUAUAGAAUUAUCUUCGUGUAUCAAUGUAAACUACUUUUGUCGUGAAGCAACAUAGGCAUCUACAAAUUAAAGGGCACAUGUCAAUAACCCUUUUUAAACGUGCCAUCUUCCAUACUCCGCGGCCAAAGCACUACACUAUCGAUUAUUAAAUCGAGAUUGAUUAUGGAUUUAUUGUUUAUAAUCACAGCAAGCGAAUAAAUAGAGAAAUAAACUCUAGAUUCACCGACCAAUAGUGUUUGAAUAUUUGAUAUUUGAUAUCUUUAAAAAAAAGGAAACAAAAUUGAAUUUCCAAAUAAGAUUAUAUUUUAAAAAUAAGACAAUAAAAAUACAUAAAAAUAGUUACA